GUGAAUGAAAGCGGCAAUUGCUCAGCGAAGAAGUGCCUGGAUAACCAGAACGGCGGGGUGUUCGUGGGUGAAUGAACAACGGAGUGAAACAGACGAGAGAGCAGCACGGCAGUACUGAUGAGAAUGAGCGCUGGCAGGUUCACCCGCUGUCGCUGUGCGUGAGCACCGAGGACGAGGAGCUGCUGGACUAUGGCUGGGUCGGCGUGGUCAAGCUGGACAGCCCUGAGCUCAACAUCCACCCCUGCCUGGACGUCCUCGGCAAGACAAACCUCGCCGAGCGACGCAACAAAGACCAGAGCGCUCGGAGAAAAGGCUCGAAAAGAGAUGACUUCGCCAACAGCAAGAACAAUCUCUACGAAUUUGCAAAGCUCGCGAUCCAGCGGGGUGCCACGGCCGUCAUCUUCGACGUCUCGGAAAACCCGUCGGCCAUCGAGCAGCUGAACGGGGCGGUGACCGACACGCUCUCGCGGCCCGUCAUCUACGUGCGUGGCGCCGACGCCGUCAAGCUCAUGACCAUCGUCAACGACGAGAAGGUGGCGCGAGCGCGCAUCCAACCCAAGGUCGGAAACGAGCCGCGUCUGGGCCGCGAGGACGUGGACCUGGGCAUCCUUAUCGCAGUGCUGGCGUUCAUCUGCGCGCUCUGCAUCGCGCUGCUGCUGCGCGUGCGUUUCACGCAGCGCCGAGCCCAGAGCAUCGUGUCACGACGGGGCGCCAGCGUCAUCAGCCGCCUCCAGACCCGGCACUAUGUCAAGUCGGUGGGGGGGGCCGGGGGAUCGGGCGGGGGCCCCAGUGGGGGCCCCGGCGGCGGGCGAGGGGGCGCCCGAGGGGCGACCGGAGGAGCCCCCCUCGACCCCGGCGACCUCUCGGAGGGGGCGAGCAGCACGUCGGACCCGGUGUGCGCCGUGUGCCUCGAGGAGUUCCAGCACGGCCAGGAGCUGCGGGUGGUACCGUGCUCCCACGAGUUCCACCGCGAGUGCGUGGACCCCUGGCUCGUGCAGCACCACACGUGCCCCCUGUGCAUGUUCAACAUCACAGAAGCGCUGCACUCGCCGCCCGCCGGCAUCCCCUGCCUCGAGUCGCGGCCCCUGCGGACGUCGGGCGGCCCGCAGCAGCAGCACCACUCGGGCCGCCUCGCCAACCCUGCCGGCCUCGCCAACCCCGGCGGCAUCGGCAACGGCGGGGGCGGCGGCGCUCCCGCGUCCUCCUCGUCCGCCGCCGUCGGCGUGCCGCCCCCGUACCCCGGCCGGGCUCGCUGGGUGCCCACGUCGGACCCGCGGGCGCCGCCGCCGCCUCUGUCGACGCAGCAGCAGCGCGGCCGCUACGGCCAGCCGCACCACGCCGUGGCGGCGGCCGGGCGGUUCGCGAGGUCGUCUCAGCGCCAUCACCACCACCACCACCCGCUCUACUUCGGCGUGGAGAGGGCCGCCACCGCGGCGGCCGCGGCGGUCGCGGUCGGGACGGCCGGGGCGGCGCGGGGAGAAGGCGGAGCAGUGGUGGCGCCCGUCGACGGUGCGGGUGGUGGCGGCGGCGUCGAGAGGGAGCGGCCCGAGGAGCGGUUGGAGGCGGCGGAGCGGGGGCCGGGGUUUGCGCCGCCCCGGGCGUACGGAGGCGCGGAGGCGCAGAGAUUUUCUCGCCACGCAUUCCCGCCGGUGUCAGGAGGCGACGUGCACGGCGCCGAGUACUACACGUACUGGGAGGAGACGCACAGACACUGGUACACUUACGGGCAGCGCCGGGGCACGCACACGCUGGUGCAGCACAGCGGCCAAGCGCCCGCCGAAACGCAGGGCGGCGGGGGCGGCGCGCCCCUCCCGGGCCACCAACCGAGCGCUCAGCAGCAGCAAAGCCGCUGGGAACUAUCGCACCUGCAUUACCACCACCACCUGCACCAUCACCACGUGCCGCCGAGGCAUCACGGCGGUGGUAGCGGUGGCGGCGGCCUUUCUCACCCCCAGCACCAGCCGCAGCAGCUGCAGCAGCAUCAGCCGCAGCAGCAUCAGCACUACCGGCACAACAGCAACAGCUCCGGCGAGAGCGGCCGCCGGGGCGACCAUAGCUCGUUCAGCGGCUACGCGGCGGACGGCACCGCGAGCGACGAUUCGGCGCUCUUCGACUCUGCCAACGAUGCCAACAGCCGGCGCGGCGUCUACGGGAGCCAGUCGACGGUGCGCAGCUCGCUCAGCAGCGACUUCGACCCCUACGUUUACCGCGGUGGGGGUGGCGGCAGUGGCGGCGGUAGCGGCAGCACGGGGGAGACGGGUGCCGCCUCCGAGCCGGAACUGGCGGCGCCGCCGACGGCGACGGCGGUGACGGCGGCGGCGGCGGCCGGUACGCCGAAGGCGGCGACCCCGGCGGCCGAGAGGAGCCGGGCCGCCCACCCGGCCCUGUCGUCUUCGUCGUCCUCGUCGUCGCUGCUGCAGUUGCAGGCGUCGCACUGCCGCGGCUCGGCCGAGAUGCACAUGGACACGGAGAGCUGCUCCGUCAGCUUCACCAACACGGGCGGCAGUGCCGGCGCCUGCGGGCACCGGCGUCCCAGGACAGACGCCGCCCCGCCUGCACCGUGCCCGCCACGCGGCCCCGCCGGCGGCGAGCCGCGUCGGUGCUCGCAGGCAGCCCCGGCGGCCGAGGCUCGGGGUUGCCGCAAUUGUGCGGUGGAUUUGGCACGGGCGUCGCUCGGCAUGCGGGACUGCAAAGGGGCGUGCGACGAUGGCGCUCGGUGCGCUUGCCCCGGCGCGCUCGGCGCUCGCGGCAGCGCCACAGAACUCUCGCGAUCCGAGGCCGCAAAAGUAGAAUGCGAAUGUCGCUCGUCUCCUCCGUGUCCUCUUCCUCCGCGUCCUCCUCCGUCCGCGCCGCAGCACGUGACGCUGCCCAGCUGCUUCCGCCACGGCGCCAGGGUCCAGAUCGGUGAUCACCUCCCUGCCGGCGGCACUCGGCUCCUGGAGGUUUGCCUCGGCUGCCGCGAUGGCAAGGGACUCCCCGGCGGUGCCGCCACCGUGGGCCGGCGUUGCCACGGCGCCGGCGCCCAGGCAUGCCCGGGCUCGGCCAGGGCCACGGGGGCAGCGGCCGGCAGUCGCGCCCGGCAUCAGGAGCGAGACUCCGGCGGCGGCGGCGGCGGGCGGCCGACCGCGUCGCCGUCGCUGAGCAGGUCGGCCCUCAGGAGGCAUUCUGGGAAGGGGCGCGAAGCCGGAGAGAGACUCUUGAGCAGGUCUGACUCGAGCCGGACGAGACACGCAAAGGAGGGGGGCCCUGCGGGGGAGCGGUGGGAGAGCGCCGCGCCGCUCCUGGCGGGCAACUCGGAGAGGCUGACAGCAGGCCUCGGUCACGCGACGUCCUCGAUGGAGCGAGACUCGGACGAAAUUCACUCCCCGCUCGCCACCUUGGUGUGACCGCCGUACACACGCACGCGGGGUUGGGUGGCAUCCGCGUCGUCGUUCAGAUUCUUCAAGACUCGGCCCUUCCCGCCCCAUCUCAUCCCCUCGUCCGCUCGCAAGCGUCCUUCUCCUCAAAGUGUCGUUUUUUUCUAACCAGCAGUAAGCUACAAACCAGUGUAAGUGCAACAAUUAUUGUGAUUAUUAUUAUUAUUGUUGUUCGUAACUCCAGUGGACCCAUAGCAACUGGAAAGUAACCACGUGACCAUUGCUGGCGCUGGAGGAACUCCUCGACAGUUCUCCUCUCAAACCGCCGGGGGCGUGUUCACGGAGACGCCGACGCCUGCAGGAGAGAGCGAGAGAGCGGAGGAUGUGACUGUGCGGAGCGCCGCACGAACUGUACGCUUCAGGAUUCGUGUCCACUACCUUGCCCCGCGACCAUUUGAUUCCUGCUCACAGUUUACCUCUCAACUCAGUGUCACGUCUCAUUUCGUUCUUUUGGUCGCGUUGUUUUUAUUUUCUGCACACAGCCGCCCUCCACGGCGUGAGCCGCGGGCAAACUGCGUCAUCUUCCGUUGGUUUUGAACUUUUGAGGCGACCGCUCUCAGCAAGGGAAUUGAAGCAAAAAAAUGCAACGCGGAGGACGCAACUGAGAGGUCUGAAACAAAAUAGGUCCUUUUUAUUUAAUUUCAGCAAAAGUCAUUCUAGUUUAAGAAUAAUAUCACCGUUACAUUCUUUUUUUCGUUUUGCCUGGCAACUUUAAAACCGUGCGCACGGGGGGGCGAUGUCGUGUUGCGUCCGCGUCCGAGAACACGAAUUGCGGCGGAAGACGGUGCGUGGGAGAGGUGCGCGGUGGCGGCAGCAGCGGCGGUUGUGGCCCACGCGACGGACGCGUCCCUCCGAGCACUUAAACGAUUCCACUUACAUCGUCGUCGUUGCCGUCUCUGUCGCCCCGCAUGCGAACGUCACCACCGAGCAACCCACCCCCCCCCCUCCCGAGGCACCGCCGCCACAUCCGGUGCUGUGGAGCGAGUUACCACCCCGGCGGUGAUCGUCACGUGCGCCCAAGCGGAGCGCAUCGGAAUAAGAGACUGCAAACAAAUGUUGUUAGACGUGUGUGUGUGUGUAUAUAUACAUUAUUAUUGUUAUAAUACACGAAAACGGUUGUGUUAUUUAUUGCAAGAAGAUGUCAUUAUUGUGAAUGUACUGAACUAAAUUGGUCACCAGUUAUUUGUCCACCAUUAGCUGAACAACAAGGCUCGAUGCCCUCUCUUUGAGUGAUCCUGCAGGUGCCCUGGCCGCAACCUAAACCAGACCCCCCCCCCCCCCCCCCCCCACCCAGAGAGCACCUCUUGGCCUCAAUUUGAAUAAGUCCACAAAUUUCCACCUCUUGUUUUCUGGUUUGAAGCGAGACACGCGCCGCCGCCGCCGUUCAGUGAAUAGCCGUGAUGCAGCAGCAGUGGAUCCAUCCCCGACUAGGAAUGCAAUGAGGUUCAUGCGGCUGCUCAAGAUGCACCUGCUCAGCUGACAGCCCAGCACUGCCGAAUGGUUUGUUGUUACAGGUCACCUCUGCUUUCCAGUUGGUCGAUUUGAACCUUCCCCGCGUGUGCCGUCGUUAAAUCGCUGCGCCACGACUUUGGUUGACGGCGGCGACACCUUUCCUCAUCCCAGCUGUCCCGCGUGAGUUGUUGGACGAAGGAGGAAGCGCAGUAAAUGGGUUAACGGCACUGUUGUACUUUUGGUGUUUUUACCUCAAAACGCAUGGGGUUUCCCCAGGUACUCCUGUUCCCUUGCAAGCACGAAAGAUACUCGAUAAUUAAUUGGCCACACAUCCCGAGCAGGAACUUCCUGUCUGCAAAGUGUAGUCCGUUAGCCCCUCAAAGCGUAACCGCAAAUCGCCAAUCAUAACCACCGCAGCCACUCGCCCUCUGAUACCAUUGUGCAGGUCGCCACGUAACUGCCUCGAAACCUCUCCAGUACCUUUCCACUCCCCUCCCCAUUGGCAAUUGCGUGGCUCGCGUGUUGAGUUGGCUGCGAACUCCAUCUCAGCUUUGCGAGCUUUUGGUGACCGGUGCAGGCAACGCGUGAUGCUGGUGGUAGCGAUGCUGGUGAUGGUCCUGCUGCACCAGUGGCCAUGGUGACGAGAAUUGUAGCAGCGAUGAUGAUUCUGCUGCACCGGUGCUGGGCUGCACCAGAGCCAUUCCCCUGAGAAGCUGCAUGGGCAGCGCUGAUGAUGAAGCCACUGCCAGCGCGUUCCAGUUUCUCAAUUAGUCGACCUGAGACGAGGAGGCCGGAGGUGGACUUUGUUGUUCCCUGAACCUGAAGCCACAUGCCACCAUUGACCUCAGCUAAUGCCUCGCAAAUUUAAAAAGAGAUUAAGCAAUGGUACUACUCAGUGAAUAUUUAACUUAAUAACAAAUAAUUUUCAGCCCUUUUGUAAAGCCACUGCUGGAUGAAGGCCUCCCCACGCCGUGUCGGUUAUGGGGGUUGUUUGUCCAUACUUCACACUUGUCAGCUCGAGCUGGCAAUACUGUAGAUCGAUAGGCGGGUAGACCCACGGCCGGUUCAGAUAUCGCUCGCGACUGAUGUUAGCCAUGGCUGGGAAUCCAACCCGGGGGCGCCGGGUCCGUAGUGUGGUGCCGCGAGCCACCACGCUGCCACUCCCCAUAUUUAACCGAACGCUCAACCACAUCUGGCCAUCGACGUGGUGCGAUCCCGCGUUGAUGCAAAGCUCUCGUUAUUUAAAUGAUUCCCUAACCCCGGUUCAUGUUGAAAGUCCUUAAUUUAUAAACACGCCACUGGGUGUGCGCAAAACGAAGAUUGUGCCCUUGCGUUUGUCGAUUGUAGCACGUGCGCAAGGGUGAUGGAGCGUCGUGCUACCUAUCGGUGUGUUUGCACGCACACACCGAUGUGAGCCGCCUCGCUCACUCGCCGCAACUCCACGAGCCCAGAGCAGACGUUUCAAUUGUCGGUACCAGAGCUGGCGUCACUUUUGUGGGUUCCAAUUUCCGUACAUGGCCAACGCCAGUGAGUCGCGAUGAGUCAAAACAAAGCAUCGAGACCUCGGUGCUCUCCUCCUCGUUUACAACUCGAGCCAAGCUGCGUUAAAUUCCACAUUCCUAGCGUGCAGGGGUGAGUCUAUCCAUAGGACAACCACUCUCGACUUCCCCACAAUGUAUCAGCCCGCGGAGGCAUGCUGAGUCGACCCCCUGCCGGAAUGUGAACUCGCGACCUUCUGAUUGCGAGUCGCUCGCUCCACCGCUGAACCACCUGAUAACUCGCUCGUAUUGGCCCCUAAAGUGUCGCUACGUUCGUCGGCAUCCAUGUCUGCCCUGGCCUGUGAACUGUCGCCCUCUUUCACUCUCUCACCAUUCAGGCCAAUGGCCCAGCACUCGCCUGCCCUGGCAAUUCAGAAGCAGCCGCAGGUGACGCUUUCGAUUGAAAGUUUUCAUUUUGUACGUCGCAGCUCGCGCGCUAUCGCGGGCGGCCUCCACCGAUUCACAAGACGACAAACAAAACCAACCUUGGCUGUAAUAUUUAAAGUGGUUCGGUUUUUAUUUAUUUGUUUAUUUUUAUUUCUCUCGUCGUGUACAAAAAAAUGUUAAUUUAAUUGUUAAUUUAAAGCCAGGCCAUUGUGAUUCCCGCGUAGCUUGCUGGUCCUGCAGCGUUCUCGGGGAGAGUCAAGUGUUCGGUAGCCUGUCCCGGACUGCGGGAGUCGGUGGCGGUGGUGGCGCAGACGCAGAGGAGGCAAUGUCCCGGCACCGCGUGACGACGAAUUUCGGCGUAGAGCCGAAACGUAACGAUUGCGCAAAAUGCUCGCGAAACGAUUGCGACUCGCGCAGAAAGCGGCGAGCCGGGACGGCAGCGACGUGCUGUCAGGUGCAGCGCUUGGCAUGUGGGCAGAAGCCACGCUUUGACGUGACCUGUUUAAAUGUUAAUUUCAAAAAAUAAAUAAUCAGUUUUUGUUAAUUUUAUUGUCACAAAGAGGGGCAAGGGAGGUCUCGACUUUUCUGCCGGCCGACCUUCAUAUUUCCUGAAGAAGGGCAUUCAGCCGAAACGUCGAGAUCUCUCCUUUUCGCAAGUGUUAAAACAAACCUCGUUUUCCGGUCGUACCGCGCGUUGUUCAAGCACCUGUGUCCGACGUUUCGCUCCGCAUCCUGGGAGCUUCUUCAGGAACAGAAUUCCGGUAACAACGGUUUCUGCACAAGAAGCUAACCCCCAGUAUGCGGCGUGAAACGUCGGACAUCGCGCCGAAAUUCACGAGCCACAACGCGAGAUCUCAUCGGAGAGCUGAACGGCACAACCGCGAAAAAUCUACGGGGUGGUAAAACAAAUUGAAUGGUUUUAAAAUGGCCCCGUUAUUUCACGAGUGAGUUUGCCGACGCGACAGCUUGAUGCCACGUGGUAUGCGGCUCGAGGGCCGUGACGUCACGUGUUGUACGGCUAAAGGGCCGUGAUGCCACGUGUUGUGCGACUAAAGAGCCGUAAUGUUCACGUGUUGUGCGGCUAAAGGGUUGUGUGAACAAUGGCCGUGUCCUGGGAGAUAUUUCCAUUCCGUGGCUCGGAGAAGCGGUGCACCAUUUGCUGGCUUUCCACCAUUGCCACAGAACUCCGGGCCCUGCUUCUGCUUGGUACAGUACUACAGGACCGAAUUAAGAGCAUUCGUACUCCUGCCAUCGCCAUCAUCGUCGUCGUCCUGCGAAGCCAACCCAAGAUGCCGUGACCGUCGUCUGACGGGGCGUUAUUUUCCAAGUUGCUGUCUUGUCGCAAAUUUCACAGUUUCAAGAUGAUUACCGAUGAUCGUGAAUUCGUGUUAUUGUCGUUAUCGGUUCUGACAAUUCUGUAAUAAUAACGACCCUCUGUGCUGCUGUGUGGCUCAUCCUUGCAAAAGGAACUGCUAGGUGGGGGGGGGGUGUAGCUGGUUGUAAAUAAAAAUGUUAUUUUUAUUUGUUUCACCCAAAAUUUUAACUACGUUGCUUCGACACGCCAUGACUGGCUAAAACACCUAGACCACAUCAAUCUUGCCCUGGUGAAUAAACACGAGCACAAACAUCAGUUACCACCAAGCUACUUGAUAACCAUUCCCUCCCUCGGCUAUCCAUCCACCAGGGCACCGCCAAAAGUUCCACGGACUUGGCAGCGUUGCGAAUCGGCUGAAGCGGGUGAAGUUAAGGGAUGCGAACCAGUUAAGGGAUGCGAACCAGGGAUUUGUUGGUCUGGGGUCAGGGUGUGGAUCACAGAGAGAAAAAAUAUCAGCUGGGUCGAGCGAGAGAGACGCUGACAUAUCUGCGCGCGUGUGUGUGUCUUGCGAGUCCUCCUGUAUCGAUACGUGUGUGUGUGCAUCUUCUUACCUGUUGUGUCUGUGUAUAUCUGCCCACCUGUUGUUUGUCUCUGUCUGUGUGUGUGUUCCAUAUUUGUACCUGAUGCGGUGUGAAAACAUCGCCACUCGGGAGACAAAGGCGGCCGGCCGUGGUUCUAGCGAGCAGCCUAUGAAGGCCGUGCCCGGCCUUCAUAGGCUGCUCGCUAAAAGCACUUGCCCCAAAAAUUAUGUUGAGACUAUACGGGGGAUAUUUAUCUUUGUCUGCCAUCUCUGUAGGUGAGCUUACAUCAAGUGCUUCAUUCUCCCAUAAGAUAUUUAAUUUGAUUGUAAAUGUGCGCAAACAUGUUUACAUUAACCCACCUCAAACGCUCAAAAGUACAACCUGGUCCACACUGCGAGAAGUUUAAUACAUUUUCAACGAAGUAAAAGCAUCAACAUUUAAACUACAAUUUUUUUUAUUUUACCAGGUAAGGCCCAGAGCUAUAUAGCUCUUUUUUUAUGAUAGCGGAACAAACAGUGGCUUAUCGUCGUGUGGAAGAGCACAGCAGCCGAAUACUCUUAAAUGCAUUCCCCCCACACGCAACAGCACGCACGCUCCCAGGCAGCAGCGGCGACGCGAAGUGAGCGCCUCAUCGGAGCCAGGGGGCUUGACGCUGCACGCUCUUGAGCUCGGAUGCCACGGAUCCCUCGUGGCUUCGGCGUCUCGUUCUUUGUGACGGGAGACCCCCGACGAGGUGCCGCACGUUGCGUGUGUGGUUCACCUUCGCAGCGAAUGCAUUGCCAACAAAAUACGUUAUGCCUCUCCGAUGCGUCUGUGUGUGUUGGGGUUGUACAUGAAGUCUGACGUUUUGCUGCACGUGCUGGGAGCUUAUUCAGGAACGGAGUCGAGAAAAAAGCUCGGCACGUUGAAGUGAAACGUCGGACAUCAUGCAGAACACGUACCAAGCGGAAUCCCAUCGGAGAGGAUACACAUCACAGCCGCUAAACCCUUCGCAGUGAAAUACCUUUCGUGAUCCUCAACGCUCUCUGCUUUCGGUCCGUUCAUCGGCUCUCUGGGUCCGUGUGCUCCGCAUGGAGAGAGUGUUGAAAACCACCCUCGAACGAUCCAAGAUCGCACGUGUUAUAUCUUUUGCAAGGAGGAUCGCACUUGAGAUGAUUCGUUGCUGGGAUGUGAGGUCACGGUCCGGACAACGUUGAAUUGUGCCGUGCAACUGCGAGCAUGAGCACGCGUCGAGUGCCGCUUUGGGCCAUCCUCUACCAUCGCGUGUCGCUGCCACGCAUCUCCUUCACAUCUCUAUGUUUUUAUAUAUAUAUAUGUGUGUGUAUAUAUUGUACUGCAUUUUACGUUUUUGAGGGCGCUGCGUGAUGUAAUGGUUAGCACACUGGACUUGCAAUCCAGAGUUCUUUCUCCCGGUGCGGCAGUUCAAAUAAUUGGAAAGUUUAAAUCCUUCCCCAUCCCCCCUGCCCUCUGUCCAUCCAACUAGCAGCAGACGUGGGUUUUUAACCACAGCCGAUAGGUAGGUCACGUGUGGUGUGGGGCGAAGGGCUCGAGGUGGGGCUCCCUCCGGUGGAGACCGUUCCGCCAGCAGCGGCCGCAGCGAGGCAUUGCAGGGGCUGCCCCUUCACGUCUGGGGAAGCCUCUCGGGGGUUUGGACGUGGCCUCGUUGGCUCGGUGGCGAUGCGAGACGCGACCCUUCGUGAGCCAAGCCGCUCUUGUCGAAGUUACUGUUUUGUUACUUGUUGUUAUUGCUGCUGCUGAUGAUGAUCGUGACGACGACAACGACGAUGAUCGUCGGUUGCGGAGAAAAGUUGAACGUCAUCUCGGGUCGUGCUCGAACGCGUCGCGGGUGCAUCGCAAAGAGGAACAUGAUGACGUGGCUUUUGCAUAUUUCCAUUCGAGCAGUAGAAUAGCAAAACGUCAAAGCCAGAGUUUUAAGAAGUGGUUUUAUACGUGUACAAUAUAUAUAUAUAAAGCAGCUAUUGUUGUUUUAAGAGUGGUUAAUUCAGGAUCGCAUCCAGCCCCCCCCCCCCUCAUGCCUUUCUCAACCACUAUCUGUCGGUUCACCUCCCAUCCAACUUCACUUUUGCGAGGCAUCUAUCCAUCACCACCACCACUUCCAUGCUCUAUCCACAGCUAUUCUACGAAGCUAUCUCCUGCCUGCUGGGUCCCAGGCGCUUUGACGUAUGGUUUGCGUUCAAAAUGAGCGAACACAAAAAGCAAAAAAAAGUCAGUUGAGUUUUUUAUCACAUUCUCUGUACGUGCCUAUUCUUUAUAAUGUCAAACAGAAAAUAUUUAGAGAUGUUGUUAUGAGAUAUUUAUUUACUAAUAUAUUUAUGUAAACUCACAUUUAAAAACAAAAAAACAAUUAAAAGCGGUUGCAACAUUACAACGACAAAAAAAAAGUUUGGAGAAAUCUCUCCCCCCACCCCCUCACCCUCGCCCGCCGGGGGAAGGCGAUGUUUGAUAGACGACGCGAGUUGUACAUACCUGGUGCUUACAUGUUAAUUGCACGCGAGAAAU